AUGGGCUGUUUAUUGACGAGGACUGUAGUCAUAUCCGUGGCUCACCCUUUUGUCGACGUUCCCGUAACAGACCUUGGCGUGGUGUCGGGCGAGAACUACGCAGACCGUGGUCAUUUCCUAAUAAACGUGCUCUUUCUUGUCAUACAUGAAGACUUUGAUCGGACUACAUUAAACGCUGAUUUGGCCCUCAUUACAACUAUACGGGACAUUGAGUUUAGGAAUAAAGUCAAACCAAUUAUGUUGAUUGAACCGAAAAAACCGAUAGCAAACAAGAACGCCUUUGUUACCGGGUGGGGACGAUGUGCUCAAAACGGUCCCGAAAUAUGUUUGCCUCGCUCGUCAAAAUACUACCCUGAUGAGAUAUUGGAUAUGAUGCUGAUGAGCAUCUCAUUUCAAAUCAAGUUACCGAAUCGUAGCUGCUUGGUUUAUAAAAACAACGAAGUGGACUUCAAGCCGGGUAUGCUGUGCGUCGGCGUAGCGAGGCAGGUGGAACCGAACUGCUCUUGUUUGGGAGUUCCGGGCGCUCCCCUUGUCGUCGAUUCGACAUUACUUGGCCUCCAGUCAUGGGGCUUGGGGUGCGGCUAUCAGCAUGACCUACCUUUAGUUUAUACAGACAUGAUGUAUUACGAAAGAUGGCUGGUACACAACAUCAACAUACUCCAGCUUCUAAGAAAAAGCAACCUGACAACUAUUAUUGAGGCAACGAAUAGCUACAUUGCGGCUUUGUGGCUCCGAACGACCAGGGUGAUUAAGCCGCCGUCCUAUAUGUACGUUAACAAAGAACUCGAGCCGAUGACAUUCGAUAAAUACAUCGUCAAAUUAAAAGGAACGGUGUACGAUAUCCGCAAUGUAAUAAAAGAAGGAGCAUUCAGCAAAAUGAAGCAAGAAAUGUUAGAAAAAUUAAGAAAAGAAGAAAAAAUGAUCAAUUACUUAAGGAAAGAUAAAACCAAAAUUGAAGUUCGGCCAUUUUUGAAUAAAAAUAUACGUGUAGCGGAUGUUACCGACAAGGUCUACGAUGGUUUGAAUGAUUUGAUUGUUGAAGACGACGAAAGCGAUACUGAUAAUGUAACCAAUUCUGUUGAAGAAGACACCGGAGACAAUUAUUAA